GCUCUGGCCAUCCGUCAGCGCUGUCUGGGCCCCGACCACCCCGAGGUGGCGCGAGCCCUCAACAACGUGGGCACUGCGCUGUCCAGCCAGGGGAGACACGCGGCGGCUGAGCAGGUCUUUCGGGAGUCCCUCGCCAUGAAGCGCAAGGUGCUGGGCCCCAGCCACCACGCCAUUGGCGCCACCCUCAACAACAUUGCCCGCAGCCUGCGCUACCAGGGCAAGCUGCCCGAGGCGGAGGCAGCCUGCCGCCAGGCCAUCGUCGUACUAGAGGCGUCGCUGGGCGCCACGCACCCCUCCGUCAUCACCGCCGUCACGAACCUCGUUGCGCUGCUCAAGCGCCAGGGCAAAGACGCGGAGAGC